AUGUCGGAUCAUAUAAAGGACAGUGGCAGUCAUUACCUUAAUAACGACGAAAUAAUCAAAUUUAUUGGCGCUUAUGCUACCACUUCAACCAGUUCCUCCGAUCCAUUUUAUUAUUAUUUUCUGAUAAUAACAAGUUUGCUAGUGAUAGGUUAUUAUUGUUAUCGAUACAUAACAUUCAUCAAUCGAAGUCCUUCAAAUCAUCAACUACAUGUUCAAUCUGAUAAUGAAGAUGUUAAAUUUGGGUUAAAAUGUUUAAAUAUAUUAGUAAUCUGGAAUUUACUCACAGUAAUAGUCAUAAAUCAUAUUAUACCCAAUUUAUUUCAGAUAUCGACGUAUCUUUUGAACCAUAAACAAGUUUCAUCACCAUCAAGAACAGGUUCGACCAAUAAUAACAUUGAUAUUCUUAUCAAUGAAUCCUUUUAUAGUGAUUUAAACUUUAUUUAUCUUGGCAAAGAUUUGAAAAUUUUCAUACUAAGUAUUGGUUCUAUGGUUUUGAUACAUUUAUUUUCAAUGGGGAUGGCUAGAUGUAUUGAAUAUUUUGCAUCAAUCUAUGCAGUUGAUCAUGAACAACAAUUUAUAAGAGAAAUUGAAAAUUAUGAUGAUUCUGCAGCAAAUAAUAAAGAUGAAGUAUCGGUAACAUUUGAAUAUUCUCCAGAAGAUCAUUCAUCAUCAUCAUCUUCUUCAUCUACUUUAACUUUUGAUCAAGUUUAUGCUCCAUCAUUAUUACCUCAGUUUUAUCAUAAAUCAUAUUUCAAAAAGCUUUCAGGAAUAUUUUUCAUUGUGUUAAUAACUUCAGUGAUAUUAUUACCCCAAACGUUUAAAUUGAAUUCAUCAUCAAUCUUAUUCACAACUUCAUCAUUCAACUCUAAUCAAAGUUUCCAAAUUAAAUUUGAUCAUUUAUUCUUAGCAUUAUUAGUUACUUUCACCAUUGAUAUAUUUAUAAAAUUCUUUGAAGUAUUAAAUUUCAUUGAUACUUAUGCUACUUUCAAUGUUAAGAAUAAAUUCAUAAGUAUAUUCACUAGAUUCAUAUGGUUAUAUGAUUGUUUCAUUAUCAAUUUUACUAUUUCAAUGAUUAUAAUUGGAAAUGAUGUAUUAAUAAAUAUCAUAAAUCUUUUAAUCAAUGAUACUUUUGAAGUUAAUCUGGCAGUAUCUUCAACGUUACCAAAAUCAUCUACUAUGUCGAUUCAAUUUUUUACAUCGAUAUUAACCAAUUAUUUAUUUCAUAGUGGAUUUUUCCCCUUAUCAUCAUCAUCAUCACAAUAUACAUCUACUGUAUGUCAAACAGCGGCUAAUUCAAUACAUUGUAUACAACAACAAAUCAUAGUAUCAUAUCUUGAAUUGUUUAAUGCGAUAUAUUAUACUCUUAUUGAUUGUUGGACUAUAUUAAAUUUGGUAUGUUUUGUUAUAGGACCAUUCUUAAUUUGGUUAAUAUUUGAGAUUCGGUUGAAAUUUACUAUUAAGGCUUAA